GCAGUUUCUACCAGCUUCACUACUUUAGUGCGCGCACACGUUAGCAUAUACAAGCUAACUACGCAUUAAUGACGUUUUAGUAAAGCAGGUUGUGAAAUUACUGGAGACCUAAUGGAGAAGGACGCGCGAGUUAAGAAAACCGCUGCGCCAUCAGUGUCUCAAAUCAAUGCAGAAUAUGUGACCCAGCUCUCGGUUAAAUAUUGGGCCCCCCUUGCCAAGAAUAAGCUGCCAUUUGAUUACAAGGUCAUUGAAGAUGUAUAUCAGAAUGAAAUUCUCAAAUCAAAAUUUGCGAUCAGAAAAAUCAUGUUGUUGGAAUUUAGCCAGUAUCUCGAGAAUUACUUGUGGGUUAAUUACAGCCCUGAGGUGUCUAGUAACAGCUAUCUGAUGUCAAUUUGCUGUAUGGUCAAUGAGAAGUUCAGAGAGAAUGUGCCUGCUUGGGAGGUUUUUAAGAAAGAGCCCCGUCACUUCCCUUACUUCUUUAAGUGCAUCAUGGAUGCAUGUCUGACAGGAGAAGAGCUUGGUCUGACGCUACGGGAACAGACAGUUUUGUUGCUCUUCCUUGAUCACUGUUUUAACAGCCUGGAGGUGGAUCUGAUUCGAGAGCAAGUCCAGCAACUCAUCUCUCUGCCUAUGUGGAUGUGCCUCCUGCCGUCAAGACUCCAGCAAGAGCUGAAAAAAGUCCCCAAGCUGCAGAAGUUCUGGAACCUCAUAAAAAAGAAUUAUGAGAAAAUGAACCCAAAGGAUGCAGAGCAAGCCAGAAGGGAACGAACUUUCCUCUGUUCACUCAUAAAGAAAUUCCUUGCUGUACUGAUGUCCAUCCCACCAUCAGGCCCUGUUGAUAUGGAUAAGGUGCACUACUGUGAGAGAUUUGUUGAGCUCAUGAUUGACCUGGAGGCUCUUCUCCCAACCCGCCGCUGGUUCAACACUGUGCUGGAUAACUCUCACCUGGUGGUCAACUGCCACCUGUCCAGUCUCACACAGAGAGAUAAAGAGGGUCACCUCUUCUGUCAGCUGCUGGAUAUGUUGAAGUUCUAUACUGGCUUUGAGAUCAAUGACCAAACUGGAAAUGCCCUCACAGAGAAGGAGAUGACUAAUAUCCAUUAUGACAGGAUUACUUCCCUACAGAGAGCUGCUUUUGCACACUUCCCUGAGCUCCAGGACUUUGCCCUUUCUAAUGUAGCAGCAGUGGACACUCGAGAGUCCCUCACCAAACAAUUUGGUCAUCUCAGUCCCAGUACCCUCCACCGAGUGGCAUCGUACCUGUGCCUUUUGCCUGAGCUUCCAGAAGGAAAGGACACAUCCUAUGACAAAGAGAUACUCUUGGAGCUUUUGGUGUCUCGCCAUGAGCGGAGAAUCUCUCAGAUCGAGCAACUUAACCAGAUGCCUCUUUAUCCAACCGAGAAGAUUAUCUGGGAUGAGAACAUUGUCCCUACUGAGUACUAUUCAGGCGAAGGUUGUUUAGCUCUCCCAAAGCUCAAUCUGCAGUUCCUGACUCUUCAUGAUUACUUGUUGAGAAACUUUAACCUUUUCCGUCUGGAGUCUACUUAUGAGAUCAGACAGGAUAUAGAAGAUAUUGUAUUACGAAUGAAGCCAUGGCAGUCAGAGUAUGGUGGCGUGGUAUUUGGUGGAUGGGCCAGAAUGGCACAGACCAUUGUGUCCUUUUCCAUCGUUGAGGUAGCCAAGCCAAACAUUGGCGAAAACUGGCCUGCUCGAGUCCGUGCUGACGUUACUGUGAACCUCAAUGUACAAGACCACAUAAAAUCUGAGUGGGAAGGGCUGCGGAAGCACGAUGUUUGCUUUCUGAUCACGGUACGGCCCACCCUGGCCUAUGGCACGCGCUUUGACCGGCGCCAGCCUUUCGUGGAACAGACAGGCCUCGUGUACGUGAGGGGCUGCGAGGUGCAAGGCAUGCUGGAUGAUAAAGGCCGAGUUAUUGAGGAAGGUCCUGAUCCAAAGCCUAAGCUAAAAGGUGACGCAAGAACGUUUAGAGUAUGGCUGGACCCUAAUCAAUAUCAGCAGGACAUGACCACCACCGUCCAGAAUGGUGCUGAGGACCCCUACGAGACCUUUAACAUUAUCAUGAGACGGAAGCCCAAGGAAAAUAAUUUCAAGGCUGUGCUGGAGACUAUUCGUAAUUUGAUGAACACCGAGUGUGUUGUCCCUGAUUGGCUGCAUGACAUCAUUCUGGGAUACGGUGAUCCGGGGAGUGCCCAUUACUCCAAGAUGCCCAAUCAGAUCUCAUCUCUGGACUUCAACGAUACAUUCCUGUCCAUUGAUCACUUGAAAUCCUGUUUCCCGGGUUACACAGUAAAGAUCAUUGAGGAAGAUCCAGCUCGACAAGUCCCUCCAUUCAGAAUUAAAUUCCCCGUACAGAAUACAAAGGGCAAGAAGCGGAAAGCAGAUGAGGAAGAGGAGCAGAAGGAGAAGGAUCUCACACUGCUUGUUGAGCCCCAUGUGAUUCAGAACAGAGGACCUUAUCCGUAUAACCAGCCUAAACGGAACACCAUCCAGUUUACCCCAACUCAGAUCGAGGCUAUUCGUGCAGGCAUGCAGCCUGGUCUCACCAUGGUCGUGGGCCCUCCAGGUACAGGCAAAACGGAUGUAGCUGUGCAGAUCAUCUCCAACCUGUACCACAACUUCCCAGAGCAGAGGACUCUCAUUGUGACGCAUUCCAAUCAGGCGUUGAACCAACUGUUUGAGAAGAUUAUGGCCCUUGACAUUGAUGAGCGGCACUUACUGAGACUGGGGCAUGGAGAGGAGGAGCUAGAGACCGAGAAGGAUUUCAGCAGGUAUGGGAGAGUGAACUACGUGCUGGCCCGAAGGUUGGAGCUGCUUAGAGAGGUGGCUCGCCUGCAGGAGAGCCUUGAUGUCCCAGGAGAUGUGUCCUACACCUGUGAAACUGCUGGCCAUUUCUAUCUCUACCAGGUCAUGUCUCGCUGGGAGGAGUACAUGAGCAAGGUCAAGCCCAAACCAGGCCGAGAGGUGAACCCACAGGAAGUGGCUUCGCACUUCCCUUUCCAUAAGUACUUUUCUAAUGCUCCCCAGCCUGUGUUUAAGGGCCAGACCUAUGAGGAGGACAUGGACAUAGCAGAGGGCUGCUACCGCCACGUCCGCAAGAUCUUCACCCAGCUGGAAGAGUUCAGGGCCUUUGAACUGCUGCGCAGUGGUCUGGACAGAUCUAAAUACCUGCUAGUUAAGGAGGCCAAGAUCAUUGCCAUGACCUGCACACAUGCUGCUCUUAAGAGGCAUGACCUUGUGGAACUGGGCUUCAAGUAUGACAACAUCCUGAUGGAGGAAGCAGCACAGAUCCUGGAGAUUGAAACCUUUAUUCCUCUACUACUUCAGAACCCAGAGGAUGGCUACAGUCGGCUGAAACGCUGGAUCAUGAUUGGUGAUCACCACCAGCUACCUCCAGUCAUCAAAAACAUGGCUUUCCAGAAAUACUCCAAUAUGGAGCAGUCUCUCUUCACCCGCUUUGUGCGUUUGGGUGUUCCUACUGUGGAUCUGGAUGCUCAGGGUAGAGCUCGAGCCAGUCUGUGCAAUCUGUAUAACUGGCGAUACAAGCAGUUGGGGAAUCUACCUCAUGUGCAGAGUCAGCCUGAGUUCCAGUCACCCAAUCCAGGCCUGACCUAUGACUUUCAGCUCAUCAAUGUGGAGGACUUCAAUGGUGUUGGCGAAUCUGAACCCAACCCCUACUUCUACCAGAACCUGGCUGAAGCUGAAUACUCCGUGGCCCUGUACAUGUACAUGAGGCUGCUGGGUUACCCAGCAGAGCGGAUCAGCAUCCUCACCACCUAUAAUGGCCAGAAGCACUUAAUACGAGAUGUCAUCCAUCAGCGCUGCGCCAACAACCCAUUCUUCAGCCAGCCCAACAAAGUGACAACAGUGGACAGGUUCCAGGGUCAGCAGAAUGACUACAUCAUCCUCUCACUGGUCCGCACCAAAGCUGUGGGACACUUGAGAGAUGUACGCCGUUUGGUGGUAGCAAUGUCCAGAGCAAGACUAGGGCUCUACAUCUUUGCUCGGGUCUCCCUGUUCCAGAACUGCUUUGAGCUAACACCGGCCUUUAACCAGUUGACUGCACGACCGCAGCAGCUGCAUAUUCGGCCUUAUGAGUACUACACAAUGACGGAGUCACGCUCAGACCAGCCUGAUCAAGUAAUAAAGAAUAUGCCUGAGAUGGCCAACCUGGUGUAUAAUAUGUAUAUGCAUAUGAUUCAGAACACCCAGCAGUACAGACAGCAGCAGCUUUUGCCACCUCCUCGCCAGGUGAUGCCAGCAGAGGAGUCCAAUGUGGAUAUGAAAGAGGAGGAGGGGAAAGCAAACAGUCAGCCUGCUGGGGACAGCAAGGAAGGCCAGAGUGAAGAUAAGGUUGAGGAGGAGGAGUCUCAGAUGAAGACGGAGGAGGAGUCCAGAGUAGAGGAGCCACAGACAGAGGAGCAUGCUAAAAUGCCAGAACACCCAGGCAGAGAUAGUGACAGUGGGGACAGUGAGGAGGAGCCCUAAAGAAUACCACCUAUCCUAUCAGUGUUUGCUGGUCAGGGUCUAUAGCACCAUCCAAUGGAUGGGUGUUUUUUUCGGGUUUGUUUUUUCAUUCAGUCUUGAUUCUUUUACUUUUUUUUUUUUUUUUUUAAUUAAAUCUCAAUUUGGUUUCUACUGAUAACUGCUAAGAAAACGAGUGCUACAGAGCCAUAUGUUCCCUUUUGUGAGAAAACUUUUGUAACAAUUGAUGCCUCUUUUGUAAUAAAAUGAAAAAGUUGUUAAAGUAA